ACCGGUUUUCGUUGUAGUAGUUGGAUGAAUGGCCGCGACUGACGACAACAUGGAAGACUCUCGAGUGUCCAGUUCCGCUAUGUCGAGCAACGACGGAUCCGAGUGGGAGAAGGAGACGUUAUUGCGUGGAGGAAGCAAGCCAAGGCCCGUUUUACGCCUCACGAGGCUCAAUUUGUGUCUCAUCGUGGCAUCGGCGACGUUGAUCUCGAAUUGCUGCCUUUUAGCCUUUGCUGCUAUGAUUUGGCCCAAAAGCCCUCCUCAUCCAUCAAGCUCAAGUCAGCAAGCUUGCGAAACGGACGAUCUCCCUCUCGAUAAGGAUGCGAUCAUGAACCGCUUCGAUCGUUCAUAUCACACUGUCACGUUUCCUGCAUGGAACUAUACAAACCCCCCACACACCGUUCCGCCCAAUGGUGAGAGCUACGAAGAGUCGCGAGUAGAUCAGCUCUGGACAGAGCUAGGCGUUCAUUCCAAUUUCAUCACCAUCCCCGUAUCACAAGGACCUGCGCAUGGCCUUGAUAUACAUCGGCAUGUCAUUCUCCCAGAGAAGAUAAAUGGAGAAGACCAUUUCAUAGCGACGAUAGAGGUCGUCCAUCACCUUCACUGUCUGAACAUGCUGCGCCAAAAUCUGUGGUACCAAAGGGACUGGUAUAAGGAGCACCAUGAAAGCGAUGCAGCAGAAUCGCUGAAGAUAAUACAUAUCAACCAUUGCCUGGACAAUCUGCGUCAUCGUUUGAUGUGUACUGCCGACCGUGGCCUUGUGCCUUGGACGUGGGCUUCAGCUCCGAGCGGCAUAGUUGUGGAUUUUGAGCGAGCACAUCGCUGCCGCAAUGCACAACCCAUAUUGGACUGGGCCAUCCAGAAUCAGUAUCCUGACAAGCCCAAGGCAAUCCACUUCAAGAUGCCCAAGGGAGCCUAUCGAAUACCAUGGGAACAUUUCGUCUCACCUACCGACCCUCGUGCUAAGCAGUUUACUUCAAUUUGCAGUCCAACUGCAGAGGAGUGCCCUCGAGAGGAUUGAAA